AGCUGACAGCUGACGUAAGGAAAGAAGAAGACAAAUGCGCCACGUAGAGGAUUUGUUGCUGUCUACAGCUUUCGCCGUGAAAACACAAACUUUAGUGAACUUGUUUCAAAUUUGAAGUGUUGAAAUGGGUAACGGGCCUAGCGUAGAAAUACCAGGUGGAGGCACCGAAGGAUAUCACGUUCUACGGGUACAAGAUGGUUCACCAGGACAGAGAGCUGGGUUAGAAGCUUUUUUCGAUUUUAUUGUUGCCAUUAAUAAACAAAGACUGGACCAAGACAAUGACACACUUAAAGAACUCCUGAAGUCCAAUGUUGAUAAGGAAGUUCAAGUAACUGUGUACAGUAGCAAAACACAACAAGUUCGUCAAGUAACCAUAAUUCCAAGUACCUCAUGGGGAGGCCAGGGUCUGCUUGGUGUGUCUAUAAGAUUUUGCUCUUUCGAAGGUUCUAACGAAAACAUUUGGCACAUUCUGGAAGUCCAUCCAUCAUCCCCCGCCGAUUUAGCUGGUCUACGGCCAUUCACGGAUUAUAUCAUUGGUGCUGACUCCAUCCUGCAUGAAAGUGAAGAUCUAUUUUCAUUUAUUGAGGCACAUGAAGGCAGAGCUCUGAAGUUGUAUGUUUACAAUACCGAUGAAGAUUCAUGUAGGGAGGUGACAAUCACACCCAAUUCCAGCUGGGGGGGUGAAGGCAGCCUGGGAUGCGGUAUUGGAUAUGGUUAUCUUCAUCGGAUACCAAUCAGAAACAAUAUGGAGCAGAUGAAACCACCUGCAGCUGCUCAAACUCCUGCUUCCUCAUCCAAAUCCACUUCAGUGGCAGCUGGUGCUUAUGUUCCUCCCGCCACUGGAAGUGCCUAUGUGCCUCCAGCAGCAGUGGGCGCUUAUGUUCCUCCAGCAACAGUAGGCACUUAUGUGCCCGCUGCAGCAGGCAGCUAUGCCCCUGCAGCAUCAGUGGGCACCGAUGCCUAUGUCCCUCCGACAUCAGAAGUGGUUCCUGAUGGUUCUUUGGUGCAGCCUGGUCUCCCAGCUCAGUCAGUCUCACCACCUUCAGUUCCUAUGUAUCCCACAGCCCCCUCUCCCGCCUCUCAAGCUUUUCCAUCUUCUGUUCCCUCAAUGCCAGUGCCUUACAGUUCUGCAGUACCCACUUCCAUGACUGGAAUGAGCGCACAAAUGGCUGGUUUGACAGUGAGUGGCCAAGAUACAUUCAUGACUAGUGUGCCAGCUCAGUCCAUUUCAACCUCUGUUGUUGGAAUGCCCCAGCCCCAUCCUUCUACUGUAGGCGGCACAACAACACUUGGCUAUUCCCAGCCCAUAUCUUCACAAGGUUACGGCUACCAGAGUUACCCUGCCUUCAGCUCAUCUAGCAAUCCAGGGCAGUAUUUCCCCAGCACUCAUGGUGUCAUGGAUUCCACUGGGCUGCCCAACCGAUCAUCGCCUGCCAGUUCUAUGAAUGUAAGCCAACCACCAUCUAUCCCUGGUAUGCCCCUGACAACACCCCUGAGCUUGCCUGGUAUGCCACCAAUCACAGUCUCAGCCUCGGUUCCGUUCACGACUCUUGAAGGCUUGCACUUAGCUCAACAGCAGCAGCAGCCAUCGCAGCAGCCUCAACCGCAGCAACCACCUUUCAGUGUUUCUGUCGGCCAGUAAUGACACAAUAGUUUCCCCUGAUCAUAUCCCUUGACUAUAGUUGAAGUUGAUGUAAUGGGGCCUAUAAUAAUUAUGGACUGUUGUUGCAUUGUUUUUACUAAAACCAUUUGUAUCAAGUCUAUCCACCAACCUUCAGUUGUUGUUCAUUUCUUCUUUUUUACUAUUGGAAGUUUAAGGAAUUUUUGUUGUUUCAUUUAACUGUCAAUCAGUGGAAAUUUGUCUUAAUGUUCUAUCUUGUCUUUAAUCAGGAAGAAAAUUGUGUAAAUACUUUUUUUGGCAUAUUCCUGAGGUCUCAAAAAAUGAAGUGUCAGACCUAUCUUUUAUCUAAUAUACUUGCAUAAUUUUUGGUCGUGAAGAAAUGUUUUUCUUGGUGUGAUGGUUUGGGAGUGGUUUUGAAGAACCAAUUUUUUGUUUGGUUUUGUUUUGCCUGUGUUGCAUUGUUUCUGUUUCUUUUGUUAUUCUUUGGUUAUGAUUUGUUUCAAUUGUAAAGGUGGAUUCAAGACGCUGGGGCUAGCUCAGUGAGCUUCUCCACUAAGGCAUCAUUGAGUGUGAAUGCACCCUUACAAUUAUUAAUGAUUGCUACAAUAUCCAGAG